ACCCCCAAAUUCCAGAAAACAGAAGGAAAAAACUUCCUUUUAGCUCCAAUUCCACAUAGAGGGGAGAUCCACUACUCGCUAUCCUCAGCUUUCUCUGUCAACCCUGAAUCCUGCCAUUGGGGGAAACUCAUUUCAUCCAUCUGAUCGUUUCAUCUCUAAGUCUUCUCAGAACAAGGGUUUCUGGAUGUCAAAGAGAACAGGGUGUUUAACCGAUGGAGAGAUGGCAUAUGAUAACUCCUCAAGAAAUGAAUCAAAACGUGCUCACCCGUGGUUUCUUGAUGAUACGGAACAAGAACUACUCCCCAGCAAGAAGCAAGCAGUUGGAUCAUCUAACAGCCAGUCGUUUCCAGGGUUUGUAAAUCCAGUUCGUUGGGACAAUUCUUCUUGCUUUCACUCGGUUCCAUCUCGGGGGGUUCCAUCUCAAUUCGGUGAUACAUUAUUUGGAGUUGAACCAGCAAGGAGUAUUGAUCUUGGUGCCAGAAGUACUCCAUCAAAUGGUUUUGAGAAUCUAGAUGUGGGAAGAAGGGGUAUUCAGGACCAGUUUGGAAACGAGGGCGCCAUUCCCUUAUCAACGACUCAUACCAUGGAAGAUCCUGGGUCAUGCUUUAGUUAUGGAGGAAUUCGAAAAGUUAAAAUCAACGAGGUUAAGGAAACCGACCAUGGCAUGUCUUUUCCGAUUGGUGAUGCCUUUAAUAAAGGGGAGAUCAGUACCAUAUCUUUUGGUGGGUUUCAUGAUGACUCGGAGAUGAACCCCUCUGCAAGAAUCAUAAGCAGUUACGACAUGUUAAUGAGUCAGUCAUCAGUUCACCAGCCAGAAGUAAUGAAGGAAAAAGAGUCAAUGGACACACAGAGAGACAUCGCUGGUGGUACCAGCCAAGUUGUCUGUACUUCUAAAACCAAGGCGGAGCCAAAAUCAGCUAAGAAGGCACCUCCUGCUAACAACUUCCCUUCAAAUGCUAGAAGCUUGUUAGCAACUGGUAUGCUUGAUGGAGUGCCUGUGAAGUACGUUUCCUGGCCACAUGAGGAGCUCCACGGAACCAUAAAAGGCCCUGGGUAUUUGUGCAGCUGUGAGAAAUGCAAUUUCUCUAAGACAUUAAAUGCCUAUGAGUUUGAGCGCCAUGCUGGUAACAAAACUAAACAUCCAAACAGUCACAUAUUCUUCGAAAAUGGGAAGACUGUAUAUGCGGUAGUCCAGGAACUAAGGCACACACCCCAGAAAAUGUUGUUUGAAGUGAUUCAAACUGUCACUGGUUCUCCAAUCAAUCAGAAGAACUUCAAUAAUUGGAAAGAAUCAUAUGAAGCAGCGACCCGUGAACUUCAGCGUAUCUACGGGACGGAGGACCUAAGCCAAAUAUUUCAGAUUAAAGGAUCCUGAAAUUCAUGUUCAUACUGCCUAGGUAGGGCAUCUGUGUGUAUGAUAUAAACUACGGUGGGACUUGGUAUUAAACUCAAAUUAGUAUUGUUAGUUUAUGAUCAAAUAACCUCAACUUAAAGCACUAGACUGGACCCUUGAUCUUUUUUUCUUUUUCCUUUUUGGCUUUACCCUCCAGACUAUGUAAAUCCUCUGUGGUUAAAAUGACAUGGUGUUCUUAAAGUCUGGUUUUGUUUAGUAAUGUUCAUUAAGCAUCUUGUUUCCUGUUUUUGGUCAGCGGAUGGAAUAUUGUAUACUUUUGUUCACUAUAGACUGUACAAGAGUCUAAUUAGCCCUCAAAUAAUUGAGGAGUCCAUUAACUA